AAAUUACGUUGGCAUAAUNAAAAAAACAAAAUAAAAUAAAAUACAUACAUACAUAUAAGCUAAAGUGAAGUAACCCUCCGAAACACUCUCGAAUCCGCUCUUUCUUAUUCGCGGGGUUUAGGGUUUAGAUUUAUUAUUUCUUCUUAAUAAUCUGGUAAAAAAUGGAAGCGCAAGAAAAACAAGAGGAGCCAGUCGAGAACCGAACCAAAAAAUUGGCCGGAACUGUAAACUGGGGUACAGCAACUGUGGUUGGAGUAUUCGCUGGCAUGUUAUAUGGAGGUAGCAAAGAGGCCUCUGCAUCUGUUAGCAAGGAUGCAGAGGUAAUGUUGAAGCUUGGAAGCACUCCUGACAAGCGUGAGCAGUAUCGGCUUAUGAGGGAUGCAAUGGAGAAGAGAUUUAUCCGAGUCACUCGUGGUUCAAUAGUUGGUGGGGUCCGCCUUGGAUUGUUUACUGCUGCAUUUUAUGGCCUGCAAAACUUGCUUGCUGAAAAACGAGGCGUGCAGGAUGUUUUUAAUGUGGUUGGAGCCGGUUCCACGACUGCUGCUACAUUUGGUUUAAUCAUGCCUGGUUCACUUCGUUGGCGUGCAAGGAAUGCGAUUUUGGGUUCGGUUUUGGGUGCAGCAAUCUGCUUCCCUCUUGGUUGGCUUCAUUUGAAGCUUGUAGAGAAAGCAAGUGAAGGGACACCACCUACUGAUACCAAAGUCGGUGAAAAUGUGGAAGCAAAGAGUGGAGUUUAACAAAUAGCAUCACUUUGUUGAAGAAGACUGGUGACCUCGAGCAUGCUUGUCGAUGUCUUUUUAUUAGAGAGUGGGGUUUUGUUUCGACAAUGCCUAUCAUUUUUGUUCGGUGAAGUGAAGAAUAGAAAGGCUUGUUUGAUAUGUGUGAUUUAAUAAUGGGAAACUAUAGAGUUAAUCUGUCUGUGGACAAUGUCAUUGUAGAUUUGAGAUUGUAACUUAUAAGGAUGGAUGUUGAUGCUAAAGUGGCAUCCUCAUUGUUAUGAGUUCUUUCACAUGAUUGGAACCUUAUAUAUUAUUUUGUUCCUAUUUUACCCUCUCCUCUACUGCCCACAGGUCAUAAUAACUAUUGAAAAGUAAGAAAAGUUGGGGCAUUAGGCAACGAGUAAUUGCUUAGUAAUUCCAAGGUCUGCACUUUCCUCUCUAAAAAAUUGCAUGCUUACACUGUGGAAGUUACAUAAAAUAUGCUAAUCACAGCUCUGAAAAUAGAAAGACAUGUUAUUUUUGCUUUUCAUGAGUUUUUGAUGCCUGUUUUUUCAUACUGUCUCAGGUCCCAGAAUAUACCUAGAGUUCGAAUUGCCCAUCUGCUCGUUUUUGCCUUCUCUAUCUGUGCACAGCCUCUCCCUAGCUGAAUCGGAAAAAUGAGCUUCCAUCUUCCCGAGGUAAGUAAAAUCUAACUUCUCCUCUUGACCAACUUACACCACUUUUCGAUAAACUCCAACUCAUCUGGAUCGGUAAUUUUCUCUCUAUGCUGUUGAAUGACACGAAGAAUCUCUUCAGUUUCCCCUAGCAACAAAGCCGCCUUACGUACAAUUCUCUCUUUCUCCUUUAUUGCCUUACGCCGACACUUCUCGAUUAUCACACGCAUCAAAUUCGUGAGGCAAGCUGCCAUUAUAUUUGCAAUCAUGUUGCAAAUCUGAUCAAACAACCCCUCGUCCGCCUUCAGAUAAUCCCCCUCGUAAGCUAUUAGAAGCCUCCGGCAUAUCCGGUACAUCGAGUUAGCCGCCACAAUCUUCACCGGCCAAUUGACCGGAUUUUCCAUCAAGAAAUCAUUCACCUCGGUUUUAAAAUCCAAAAUAUCCUUCUCUGCAUUUCGCGAGAGCUCUUCUAAACUCUCCUUCGAGUCCCUGCAUUUGAGGGAGGUCUUGUGGAUGUCCUUCCCCUGCCAUUUCCGGUACAGCUCGACUCCAACCCAGAUGACAUCAGCCGCAUUUCGGUUGUUCAGAAGUGAAAUGGCGAUGCUUGUGAGAGUUACCAAUGGAAGCGACCAGCAUUUGUGGGGUUCUUGCGAGUGGAGGCUCGGGACUUGAUUCCGGUCGACUUCUUUCAGCCCUUUGAAGUUACCUAUUUUGUGCAUGAGACCGAUCAGGUUCGUGGGCCGCUGCUUUUUCCCGGUUUCAAUUAGUUUGUCGACCUCAUUGCAUAUGUCGAUUUGGAUAUUUUGAGGCAACUCUGCUUCGCCUUCGAGUAACAAGACAUAACGGCUAAAAUCUAGCUCCGGUUGAGUUUCUGAUUCCUCGUGAACACGAGAUGACGAGCCAAAAUCGAGCAAAUUCUUCAAACGCUCGACCGGACUUGCGAAACACACGAAUCGUACUCCUUUGCAGCAGAAAACGGUCGAAAUCUGAAUCUUUAUGAGAAAGCUCAAAACGAGGCGUUUGGCUCGGUGGAGUAGUUUUCGCCACUUCCGAUCUCGAAUGUGCAGAGGUAAAGAUCUCUCCUUCCACUCGACCAGCCUUUGUGUCCAGUAAGCCUCGACUUUAAACUCGUCCCCGAAUAAUCGACUCCCACCAUUCUCCGAGCAUUUGAACUUCACCGCCGUGAACAAUCUGAACGCGGGCCCCACAGUCCCGACAGCUACCCCAACCGUCUGUGCAAGCAAGAUCCACUUGACCGACCACCCGUAUUUCGAAGCUCCGUUUUCGAAUAUUCCGCACUCCAUCGCCACCCGAGCCUCCGCCUCGGCCAAAACGAGACACGUCAGCAGGGACACGACUCCUGAGGCCGUACAAGUGGCGGAGCGCGCGAUCACGAACUGGGGCCCGCUUGUCUCGGCCAUCACUCGGUAUUUCUUGAUCGUCACCUGAAGUCUCCCGAGCUCCGCCAGCUCGUCGUCCUCCUCGUUCGAGGCCAUUUUGAGCAUCUCGUGGUACUUCGACUCGAGCCUCGACUUCAUAGACGGGACCAUAACUGCCGUGGACCCCACCAAAACGAGCGAGACGAGCAUCAACGAGCAUGACACGAUUUCCUCGGCGAACAUUUUGCGGGCCCCGAGGAACUCGCGCAUUUGGAUUAUCUGUAUGCAGACGUUGGCUAAUAUGGUGACGACGAGUACGAAAAGUGCGGCGGUGUUGGUGAGGAUGUCGCGAUCGUCCAUGGAGCCCAAGCAGGUGAUGAAAUUGGCUAUGGCUGUGGACAUGAAGGCUUGCGUGCAGAUCUUGGCGAGACGGUCGGUUGGGGUGUACAUGCGUGUGGUGAGGUCCACCGGAAGCUUCAUGGCCACGGCCAAUAAGGUGAGUGACAUGGCGUUGAGGGAGAAGAAUUUGGUGGGGAACCAGAAUUUCUUGGCUCGUAAGGCGUGGAGAGUGUCGGCGACCAUUGUGAGGGUGCACGCUAGCGAGGCUAAGGCCACGUACAGGCCGAUCCACGGCAUGGGGGCGUCGAGUUUCCUCUCGACGUACUCCGAAAAGGCUUCUUCAUCUAGCAUUAUUAUUAUUAUUAUUAUUAAUUUUUUUUUUUCAGUUUUUUUGAAAGAAUUUUGUAGUUUCUAUUUGUGGUUGGUUGGUCUCUGCUAGUUUAAACAUCAAAUGAUGAUGAUACUAGCUUAGCUUUCAAUGGAUCUGUUGAAAUGAAGACUUUAAUGUGGAGGUGGAUUUCUUGGGAAACUCGUUUUACUAUCAGUCAAGAAAAUGAGGCUUGACUUGGGAAAUCAAUUAUUCAUCAGUGAUCCUAUUGAGAUUAUAAAAGUGUAAGUGUUAAUUUGUGGGACGCGGUACUUUUGAAAUGUUCUUCACAUGAUCCAAUUGUUUAUUUAUCCU